UAGCAAGAGAUACAGUGCUCAAUACACACACACACACACAGUCAGACAGAGACAGUAGCUAACACAAAUUAAGCUGGGUGUCUCCUAUAAAUACACGAGGUGACGAGGAGAGUUCACUGAGGCAGUAGAUAAGCUGGGUCUCCUAUCACUUCUUCAGUUCUUCCCCUGCCUCUUGCAAACAAUUGACUGCCUGCAGAGAGACAUCUACACAGCAGCUAGCAGCAGCAAUGGCGCCGCUGCAGGCGUCACCGCUCCUCCAUGACCAGCAGAUCCUCUGCUCCCUCUUCGUCGUCUUCCUCGUGCUCGGCGCUCCGGCCGCCGCGGCGCGCCGCCACGCCCCGGCAGCAGCAGGAGAGCAGAGCGCGUACCUGGCGCCGGCGUGCCGGGAGCACACGGCGUCGCUGGCGGAGUUCGGCGGCGUGGGCGACGGGACGACGUCCAACACGGCGGCGUUCCGGGCGGCGGUGGAACACCUGUCGCAGUACUCGGGGGACGGCGGCGGCGGCGGGAUGCUGUACGUGCCGGCGGGGAGGUGGCUGACGGCGCCCUUCAACCUCACCAGCCACUUCACCCUCUUCCUCCACUCCGACGCCGUCAUCCUCGCCUCCCAGAACAUCAGCGAAUGGCCCGUCAUCGCUCCGCUGCCUUCCUACGGCAGAGGCCGCGACCAUGCCGGCGGCCGCUACACAAGCCUCAUCUCCGGCUCCAACCUCACCGACGUCGUCAUCACCGGCAACAACGGGACGAUCGACGGGCAGGGAGCGACAUGGUGGUCGAAAUACAAGUCCGGCAAGCUCAAGUACACCCGGGGCUACCUGAUCGAGCUCAUGAGCUCCGACACCAUCUUCAUCUCCAACGUCACCCUCCUCAACUCGCCGGCGUGGAACAUCCACCCGGUCUACAGCAAGAACAUCGUCAUCCAGGGCGUGACGAUCCUGGCGCCGACGAGGUCGCCCAACACGGACGGCAUCAACCCGGACUCGUGCUCGCAGGUGCGCAUCGAGGACUGCUACGUCGUCUCCGGCGACGACUGCGUGGCCAUCAAGAGCGGCUGGGACGAGUACGGCAUCGCCGCCGGGAUCCCCACGGAGCACGUCAUUGUCCGCCGCUUGACGUGCGUGUCGCCGACAUCGGCGCUGGUGGCGAUCGGCAGCGAGAUGUCCGGCGGGGUCAGGGAUGUGAGGAUCGAGGACGUGGCGGCGGUCGACACGGAGUCGGCUGUGAGGAUCAAGACGGCGGUGGGGAGAGGGGCUUAUGUGAAGGACAUCUACGCCAGGAGGAUGACGCUGACCGGGAUGAAGCGGGUGUUCUGGAUGACCGGAGACUACAAGUCGCACCCCGACGACGGGUACGACAAGACGGCGGUGCCGGUGGUGGAAGGGGUGAGCUUCCAGGACGUGGCGGCGACCGGGGUGUGGAAGGAGGCGGCGAGGAUGGAGGGCAUCAGUGGCGCGCCGUUCAAGGGGAUCUGCAUGGCCAAUGUCACCAUGGAGAUGACCAAGCCCAGGAAGGUGAUGUGGAACUGCGCCGACGUCGAGGGCGUGUCGACCGGCGUCACCCCGGCGCCGUGCGGGCAGCUGCAGCAGAAGCAGGAUGGCGCUGGCGGCAGUGAUUGUCCGUUCCCGACGGACAAGCUCGCCGUCGAUGAGGUCACCGUGCAGCAGUGCACCUACUCUCUUCCGAAGGCGGCGACUGUUGCUGCACGGACAACCAACUAGUCUGAGCUAGCUUAGCGAGUACCUUUCUCAGCUUCUUACUGAAGGUGAAGGAGUGAUGAGUGCCAAAUCGGUCCCAAGAUUUGAGACCUAAUUAAGCUAUUCUCAAAGAAAUGAAAUACAACAAGGAGCAGUAAUCAAUCAGUACUGGUAUUAAGCUUCGAGCUUCAGAUGCCUAUUAA